ACCACUUGGCAACAGAAUAGCGGGGCUGGGGCAGCCCAGCUGCCGCCUUCGGAGCGUCCCUCGCUGCCUCUGCGUGGCAACAUGCGGCAGACUCCAGAGGACAGCAGGCACUGCAGGAAGAAGGCGCCCCCGCACCAGCUCCCAAAUACUUAUAGAAUAUUUAAUACUGAUCUACCAGAAGUAAACAUGAGAAUAGAAAAGAUCAACGGUGAAUAUAUACCUAAAAAGAAUAAACAGUCUUUCCAGCACUCAUAUUUACCAGAGUGGCGCAAUAAUCCCCAACCACAUUAUGCAAAAUUAAUUAACACCAACGUAAGGUUCUUAAAUGAACCAAUAUACUAUAUGGAAACAGAAGGCACAGUGGCUAAAAAGCAUCAUUGGUGGCCAAGUGGGGAACCAUGUGUAUAUCAUUAUAGUCCACCUUACGACAGACAGAGCACUCAAAGAAAUGAUUUCCAGAAGCCAACCUGUACAUUGUCUUCUCCAACUAAAUACAGCAGUAAACUACAGCCUUCCUGUGGAAUAGUUCCACUUGCAAUUCCUAGAACAUCAACAAGCCUUCCAAAAAUUUUACAGGAGCGGAUCUCCUUUAUUCAUCAGUACAAUGCCAGAAAAUCUCCUAAUGAACCCAUCCGAGGAAAGCGACAUGGAGCUUUUGUGUGGACAGAGAUAAAACCAGUGAGUGGGCCAAUAGUUCCUCAGGGAACAGAAGUAUUCCUGAGUGCUAGAGGGUCAGGCUCACUGGAACAGCCAAAAACAGAGAAAGGAAACUCAGUGGAAAGCCAAAUGACCUCACCCAGUCUCUGCCUGCAGAAUUCCCAGGAGACAUUAGGCUGUGAAACUCACUUAUCAAAACCAGACGUCAGAGAAGGAGCCAAGGCAUACCCCAGAAUCCCUGUGAGAGCACAGAAGAGUUCAGACAUUUCUCAGGCAACUGAAGUGGACGUUAUCCGUCCUGCUGGGGAAGAGUCUUUAUGUCCAGCAAUGAAAGGUCCUCUAGAUAAAUCUCUGGAUAGGUUACCUCCCGCACAUAAAAACAUACGACUCCCUGAUAUCACCAUCAGUCACUAAAAUGAAGAGAGCCUACAAUCACUGUGCAAGCGAAUGCAUUUGCUUGGUCUAAUAUCAAUAAUACUAAACACAAGCUAACAAUUCACUGGUGUCAGCGGGAACACAGUACUCCUUUAACAAAACAACAGCUGCACUGUACUUUGAUGUUUGUAGAAAACUAUAUGCCUAUAAGAAUUAUGGGUGGUUGUUUUUUUAAGGUGGAAUUGAUUUCCUUGUUAGGAGGAACACAAUCAUCUUGAUCAUAUAUAUUCUGUAUUAAGUCUGACUUUGAGUUAAUUAACACUUUUGGGUCUGGAAGUGAUUAUGAUUCUUGAAAAUGUACUUCUUUCAAUAAUAGAAACACUAGUUACAAUGUUUGGUUUUAUUGCUGAUUGCUGUUAUUUUAACAUAUAUAGUUGUGACAUGCAUUAUCUCCUUGGAUGCUGCAGUGUGGGGUAUGAUUUCACACACCAUAUGGUGUCAGCUUGUGAUAAAUGGAAACCAUUGUGCUUCCAUAGGAAACAAUGGCAGUCAAGAGAGAGAAUUUGCUGUAGCCCACAGGAAUGCAAAAAUAAUGUGUAUUGCCACUCUAAACAGUUAACAAGGACAAUUUUGGAGUAAACCCUUUCUUUCUUUUUGGGAGCAAGGAGGACAGGCAUUUUCUUACAGACUUGUGCUUCUGUUCUUGUUUGAGUGUGUUACACAUCAAAAAUGCAGAAGAGAUCUGAAUUACUGUACGCUUUUCCCCAAUACUAGAGAAAAUCCAUUAAUCCAGAGACUGAUGGGUAAACUUUUACUGAUUGGACUAUUUCCCUAUUUUUUUUCAUGCUGCGACUUCUUAUGAUUCCCAACAAGAAUUCUCCCAGUUACACUCUUAGGGAAACACAGAAAGUUUAGGCUUGAGUUAUAACCUACAGUUAUUCAUCAAACAGUGAAGCAAGUUAUUACCUGUAGU